AGUUCUCGUCCAGGCUUCCCUCCUCUCCCCUAAACCCUCGAAUUUUCCUGUCCCUUUCUCUGUUUCCUGCAAAGCCAUCGCCUUCCUGAUCGAACCCUCUAGAUACAGUAGCAAGAUCUAGCUGGGAACGCAACGAAGGGAUCGUGGCUUACAGAAACCCGAACCUCCCAUCUUUCUCCUCCUUCCGCUCCUCUCGUACCUGCAACCAUUGAGGAAGCCGACUUCACGACUUCUUUUUUGCGAAGCGCUCGUCCCGGAUUUACUAAAUCCGCUGAUUCACUAGAUUUAGUAAAUCCAGGAUUUAAGGCCUAAAUCUUUGAAAUCCAGAUUUAUCAAACCCGAGGCUUUAUUUUGUGCAACGAAAUGACAAAUCCUACACUAAAUGUGUUAACAGACAGGCACCUGAAGUUAUCAUUUUUGCUGUUUGGGAGGAUUUAAGUCAAAUACUGCUCAAAUACUGUCACCGAACAGUGGCUAAAGAUGUCUCGAAUCUGCGUGAAGAAUCUACCAAGGUACGUGAAAGAGGAUCGAUUGAGGGAAUUCUUUUCUCAGAAGGGGGAGGUCACUGACACCAAACUCAUGCGAACUAUAGAUGGCAAAAGCAGACAGUUUGGUUUCAUAGGGUUCCGUACCGAGCGGGAAGCCGAGGAGGCCCUCAAGUUUUUUGACGGCACCUAUAUGGACACCUCGAGAAUAACAUGCGAGAUUGCUCGUAGAGUUGGUGAUCCAAAUGCACCUCGCCCAUGGAGCCGUUAUUCUGUUAAGAAAAAUGAUCUUUUGAAAGAAAAUAAUAAGGAGAGCCCUAACAGUUCUUCUCUUACUUGUUCUAAAGGUCAAAAACACUCUAAUGCCUUUGUAAAAAAAUCAGGAAGUUGUGAAGAUGAUGAUCCUAAGUUUAGCGAGUUUCUUCAACUAAUGCAGCCACGCUCUAAAGCGAAGUUGUGGGCUAACGAUACAAUACAUUCAAUGGAUUUGUCAGAACAAGAUAGAAAAUCCCCUGAGAAAGAAAUGCAUCAGGGCAAGAUUAAGAAGUCAUUUCCACUGCAAACUCGAUUGUCUGAUGAAUUUGAUUUAGCUGAUAAAAGUUUUCCAAGGACUUUAAUCCAAGGAUCUAUGAAAUCAAUGAAAAAUAAAUCAAAUGGAGUUGCAAAUGAUGAUAUUAUAUCAGACAUGGAUUAUCUGAAGAGCCGGAUCAAGAAAAACUGGUCAGAUUCAGAAACAGAUGUUGAGUGUUUUGAAGAUGGUGAUCGUGGUGAUGAAGAUGACCACAAUGAUGAUAAUUCACGCAUGGAUGGAAAGAGUCAAAUUAUUAAUUCUGAAGAUGCUCAGGAACACAUCAAGGAUGUCUAUUUUGAUGAAGAAAAUAUUGUUGAAGAAAAGUCUGAUAUUGACAAUCUGAGUAAUGAAAGUCCAACAACAAAAUAUGAUGAUGAUAAAGAGCUGGCCCUUGAGACUGGGCGCUUAUUUGUACGCAAUCUUCCAUAUUCAACAAAUGAGGACGAAUUGCAUGGUCUCUUUAGCCAAUUUGGUGAUGUUUCUGAGGUUCACAUUGUAGUUGAUAAGAAUACAAAACGCUCCAAAGGCAUUGCUUAUUUGCUUUACUCACUUCCAGAGUCUGCUGCUAGGGCUCUAGAAUCAUUGGACAACUCCAUAUUUCAGGGAAGACUAUUACAUGUUAUGGCUGCUAAACCUCAAUGUACGACCAAUGGAAAAUCCUGGUCUGAAACUGCUAUUACUCAGGACAAGAAAAGUCUGAAGCAAGAGAGGGAAGAACAGAAGAAGGCAUCUGAAGCUAGUGGUGAUACACGGGCAUGGAAUAGUUUGUUUAUGCGACAAGACACUGUUGUUGAAAAUAUAGUGAGGAAACAUGGCAUUAGUAGAAAUGAAUUUCUUGAAAGAGAUGCAGAUGAUCUAGCUGUGCGUAUUGCACUUGGAGAAACUCAAGUGGUUGCUGAAACCAAAAAGGCCUUAUCCAAUGCUGGUGUUAAUGUUGCUGCUUUGGAAGAGUUUGCUUCUAGAAAGAACAGUAAUAUGAGAAGAAGCAAUCAUGUUAUACUGGUCAAGAAUUUACCUUAUGGUUCUACUGAAGGGGAACUUGCAAACAUGUUUGUUAAAUUUGGGAGUUUGGACAAGAUCAUACUUCCACCUACUAAAACGUUGGCUGUGGUUAUUUUUCUUGAAGCAGCUGAAGCUCGAGCAGCAUUUAAAGGUUUGGCAUAUAAGAAAUUCAAAGAUGUUCCGUUAUAUUUGGAGUGGGCUCCAGAUCAUAUACUUUGUCCUGGCCCAGGGGUUGAUGGAUGUGAGCCAAAAGAUACAGUUGGUGAGCAGAACUUGAGAGGUGUUGUGGUGAAUGAAGCUGUUGGUGUGCUAGAAGACGAAAUUGAUCCUGACAGAAUUGAGUCAAGGUCAGUAUUUGUGAAAAACUUGAAUUUCAAAACUUCGGAUGCUUCCUUGAAAGAUCAUUUCGAAAAGAUCAUGAAAUGCGGUAGCAUAAAGAGUAUCAAGGUGAAGAAGCAAGUUAAAAAUGGCAAGUACUUGUCCAUGGGUUUUGGUUUCAUUGAGUUUGAGACAGUGGAAACAGCAAUAAGCGUAUGCAGGGAUGCACAGGGAACCAUCCUGGAUGGGCAUGCAUUGAUCUUGCAACUUUGCCAUGCCAAGACUGAUGCUCAGGCUCUGAAGAAAGAAGGCAAAGAUAAGAGUUUGACCAAACUGAUCGUGAGAAAUGUGGCAUUUGAAGCAACUGAAAGGGAUCUAAGGCAGCUGUUUAGUCCCUUUGGACAGAUUAAAAGCCUAAGGCUGCCCAUGAAACUCGGAAGCCAUCGAGGAUUUGCAUUUGUGGAGUUCUUUACGAAGCAAGAGGCACAGAAUGCUCUGCAGUCUCUUUCAAGCACACACCUUUAUGGGCGUCAUCUGGUCCUGGAGCGAGCCAAGGAGGGAGAGAGCUUGGAAGAAUUGAGAGCAAGAACGGCCGCACAGUUUGUGGAUGAACAUAACAGAUUUGAAAAGUUGUCUAAGAAGAGGAAAAACUUGAGCAUUCUGGAUGAAGGAAAUGUGAAAUUUUCUAAAUUGUUAAAUUGAUCCAAGUGUUGCAGUUUUGUGUUUAAUUAUGUUAGGCAUAGAGCUAUUUUUAAAGGCUUUGUAAUUUUGCCUAGAGUAGUUUUGUGAACUAUUGUAACAAAGCCCAUUGAAUACAUCCAGCCUUCUUAAAAUAUAUUAUUUUUUGUUU